CCUUAUCCCCAUACCAAUGGGUUGGCUACACCACACCGUGAGGGAUACUCAUUGCAACCACAUUAUGAUCAGUUGGAGGGGGAUGGAUAUGUGUAUGGUGAAGAAGAAAUUUUCGUACCUGGACAUGAAGGACAGAGUGCACCGAACCCGACAUUCGUUCAUCAACAGCUAUUCGUUCAGCAGCAGUCACUCCUUCAAUACCCGCUGUUCGUUCAAGAGGAACCGCCCAUUCAGGGCUUUUAUGACCCGCAACUUGCCAACACCACACUAAACACAGCCAUACCACCAGAGACAAUGAUGGUCCCCGCGGCACCUAUGAACGGUACCUACCCAUCACUUGCCCAAUACCCACCAACUCAAUUCCCAUCAUCGCCCACUUCACUUCUCUUACAUCCUUCGCCAGUCUCAUCACCCAUCGACUUCACACCCUCACCAAAUCCAACCACACCCACCAACUACAGCCCUUCACCAUCAGCAUCUUCCUCUGCCCCUACACCUUCGCCAUCCGCAUCUUCCUCCUCCUCCUCUUCCAGCAGAAGAUAUCCCGCCAAAAAGCCCUGCCAAGCCCCUUUCGACAAUCCCGCUCGCAAGUGUCGGUACAAAGGUCACUCCAAAGAGCUGAAAAAGCACUACAUCACCACCCACCCCGAGUACGCGAAAAGCAUCGGACUGUCGCUGGAACCGAUCGUGUGCCCCGCAUGCGGGACGUCGCUCAGGGCGGGGAGGCCCGACUUUUUGGCAAGGCAUCAGAGCGUUCAGAAGGGGAAAAAGACGUCGGCUUGUGAGAACAACCUCGCAAAGAUUAAAAAGGGAAGGGUAUAAGAAGGCAAGCGCAAGGUUGGAGGCUA